GGCGCCUGCAGCCCAGGGUCAGUCGGUGCCCGCGCCGCUGUCUCGCCGCACCGCAACACUCUCCUCUGUGACGGUGCUGCUGCUGCUGCUGCUGUGAUAGUUGGAGCUUCCUGGAGUGGCUUCUAGAUCUCAGCACACAGGAGCGUGAGGAGGGAGGUGGCCAGGAGCAUGGCGCCGCUGCAGGUGGUGGCCAUGGUGGUGGUGGUGGCGGCGUGGGUCGUGGAGGGCAGCCAGGGAGAUGAGGAGUUGUGGCGCCAAGGAUAUAGACCCGUCCCGUUCCAGUUCGAGCCGCCCCCACACGUUGUGGACAAGAGUCGCCGCCCAGAUUUCCAUGCCAUGCUCUACAUGCACCGAAUGUCCCCUGCUGAGAUACACCUGAGGCACCGAGGCCCGGAGCUCGUCCCCGCUGCCCCUGCUGCCCCACCCCUGCCCGUGAGCUACAAGCUGCCGGAGCCCAUUGUGCAGGGCUUCAGCAGGAGUGCCAUUGAGGCUCACCCCCACAGGACCAACACACUUGUUUCCCGCUACUCCUCUGCUCAGUUCCCUGAGGAGGAUGUGGAUUACUACGUGCCUUGGGUGAAGUUCCAGCGAGGGGCGGUCGAGUUGGUCCCAGUGGAGGCCCUGCAGUACAUGUCCGAGGUGGAGGAGGAGGAGGAGGAGGAGAGUGGGGAUGUUGCCUUCUCCAGGGGUGCUGUGGAGUCCUACCCACGGUUUCCCACGCCCUAUACAGGAGGUGUUGAGGAUGAGAUGGCAAAGGCGGUGGUGGUGGAAGCCUCAGAGGCCCUCGGCGAGAAGUUUGGCUGGGCAGGAAUCCGCUCAUCUGUGGAGUCUCCGCCAAUCUUCACCCCUGCACAAGAUCCUGAAGAGGCCAACCCACUCCCUGUGCAGCUGAACAGUCGUCCCUAUGGCAUGUGGUCUGAACAGCUGCUUGGCAUCAACACAGGAAAGGAUGACCUAGAACCAGUAGUGCAUCAACAUGUGCUAGAACACAGUGACCGAGACUCCAUGUCUGGUGGAGACUUUGUGAAUUACCAGGCAGCUGUCAGAAGUCGGAACGGAGACUACAAGCUCCUGUGCUACCUUGGAGGUUGGGCAGUGUACCGGGAGCCUCCAUUUGACUUUGGUAUUAAGAACAUUGAUCCGUACUCAUGCACCCACCUUAUCUACUCCUUCGCUGGUCUGAAGGAGGGAGAACUGACCAUCACCUCCCUUGACCCUGAGGUGGACAUUGUCAAAGGAGCAUACAAGGCGGCGGUGGGACUGAAGCAGCUCAACCCAAGCCUCAAAGUACUCAUUGCUAUCGGCGGCUGGAACGAGGGCGGCAAGAAGUACUCCGACAUGGCCAGCACUCCCGCCAGCCGCAGGAAAUUCAUCCAAUCAGUCGUCACUUUCCUGAAGACGCACCAGUUUGAUGGCCUGGACCUGGACUGGGAGUAUCCAGGAGCCACGGACCGAGCUGGCAAGUGGGCAGAUAAAAAGAACUUUGCUGACCUUGUGGAUGAACUUCAUGCUGAGUUCAUGCAAUACGGCUGGCUGCUCACUGCUGCCGUGUCUCCUGCUGGGUUCCGCAUCCAAGCUGGAUACGAUGUCAAGAGAAUUGCACAAAAACUCGACUUCAUCAACAUCAUGACAUAUGACUUGCGAGGCCCCUGGGAUGGUAAGGCAGACCACCACGCCCCCAUCACCUCAAGGCCUUCUGACACCUGGGCCUUCAAAGCUCUCAACACCAGGGAUGGCAUUCAGAAGUGGAUUGACUUGGGAGCUAUAAGGAAUAAGCUCAUCAUGGGUAUUCCCUUCUACGGGAGAACUUUUACACUCAGUAACCCAAGUAACACCAAGCCAGGGUCCAGGGUGACAUCAGGUGGCACAGCGGGAACCUAUACAAAGGAGCGCGGCUUCCUGGCAUACUAUGAGCUGUGCAGCAAAGUGAAGAGCGGCCAGUGGACCCUGCACAAGGAUGCUGUGGGUGGCCCAUACAUCACUAAUGGGGACCAGUGGAUUGGCUACGACGACCCAGAGUACAUCGCUAAGAAGAUGGACCUGGUGAAGACCAUGGGCUUGGGAGGUGCCAUGAUGUGGGCCAUUGAUCUGGACGACAACAUUGGUGUGUGUGGCACAAAAUGGCCGCUGCUUAGUGCCAUGCGUCGCGGUCUCGGCCUUCACAGUGUUUCAACCUUCGUUCCCCCUGAGCCUCAGACGUCAGGGCCUGCUGUCACCCCUGCCAUGCCGCCCACCACCUCCACCACCUCUGCACCUGUCGUAACACAGCCAUCCACAGCAUCUACCACAGCCCCCAUCACCACCACCACAACCAUCACUACUACCACCACCACAACCACCACCACCACCACAACCACUCCUCCCUCCACCUCCACGACCACAGCGUCACCACAGCAAAAUGAUACGAUUCAAGUGGUAUCUGUAGUGACACCAUCACCAAAUGCUACAGUGUCAACUCCUGCACCUGACUUCAAGUGUAAAGGUCCAGGGUAUUUCCGUGACAAAGAUGACUGUGCCGUCUAUUACAUCUGUGACGAGACUCUGGUGCCCCAUAGGUUUGUGUGUCCUGAUGGCCUUGUCUUUGACCUGGUGCGACACAUCUGCAACUGGCCCAGACAUGUUAUUUGUGGGAAAGCCUCUGCACCCAUCAGAAAGUUGAGGUGCAUAAGCGACGGCCUCUACAGUGAUCCGUCUGAUUGUCGUAUGUAUGCAUGGUGUCGCGCUGGCAUUGCUCAGAGAGUCUCCUGCCCACAUGGAAUGUUCUUCAACCCCAGGACAGGUGUGUGCACAGAGGAGGGCCAGAAGUUCUGUCUGCCGGGUGAAGGUCUGAGAGUCAACACAGAGGCCCUCAACCCACAACCCCUCACCAAGAUGGCAAGUGGAUACAAGGUGGUCUGCUACUUCACCAACUGGGCGUACUACCGGCCCGACCCUUACAAGUAUUCCCCGGAGAAAAUUGACCCAUCCCUGUGCACUCAUAUAAUAUACGCAUAUGCCUCACUUGACACUACAGACCUCUUCAUUCGCUCCCUGGACCCUUACCUGGACUUUGAAUAUGAGUUUUACAAGCGAGUGCUGAACCUGAGGAACCAGGCACCGGGCCUCAAGGUGCUGCUUGGCCUGGGUGGCUGGGUGGACUCAAGCAGUGACAAGUACUCACGUCUCGUCAACAACCCCAAGGCCAGAGCAAGGUUUGUGCAGCACACCACGAAGGUCCUCACUGUGUAUGGCUUUGACGGGCUUGACUUUGGGUGGAUGUUCCCCCGGUGCUGGAAGAUGGCAUGCUCUAGUGGACCUGCCUCUGAUGUGCAAGGUUUCACUGAUCUCAUGAAGGAACUAAGUGCUUCCUUCCGCCCACGCGGACUGAUCCUCUCCGCUGCCGUCUCAUCCUUCAAGAAGAUCAUAGAAAUGUCAUAUGAUGUACAGGCACUGUCUUCUGUGGUGGACUUCCUCAAUGUGUUGACGUAUGACUUCCACGGCGCCUGGGAGAGAAAGACUGGUCACGUGGCUCCCCUCUAUGCAAGGCCAGAGGAUAUGUAUGCCAGCCAGAACUCAGAUUUCUCUUUGAGUUACUGGGUGAAGAAGGGCGCCGAUCCCAGUAAACUUGUGAUGGGCAUUCCCUUCUAUGGCCAGACCUUCACGCUGGCUAACCCUGCCCAGAGUGGCCUCAAUGCACCUGUUGUCAAGGGUGGCGACCCAGGCCCUGCCACUCUGCAGCGGGGAAUGAUGGCUUACUUUGAGAUCUGUCAGGCAGUCCGCACACAAGGCUGGAGCAAAGUGGUGGACACGACUAAUGCCAUCGGUCCCUACGCUCACAAGGGCACCCAGUGGUACAGCUACGAAGACCCAGCCUCUGUCACCAACAAGGCACAGUACAUCAAGAGUAAGGGAUAUGGUGGUGCUAUGGUGUGGGAUCUUAGCCUUGAUGACGUCCUGAACAGCUGCUGCCGGGAACCCAUGCCUCUGCUGCGCACUAUUAACCGUCAGCUGCGGAGUGUGCAGUACCCAGAGCCCAGGCCAGGCGGAGGUGACUGCACACGACCCCAUGAAGUCCCCACACCACACCCUCCAAGGAGAACCACCACCUAUGCAUCAGCACUGGGCACAAAGGUCACUGAGUCACAUUAUGGUGAAUUCAACCUGACCAAGGGCACCACACCCUCCCUGCCACCCUGGAUGACCACCUGGAGUGGGACCACACGGCGCACCACCACAGAGCCCAUCGCAGACCACCCUGUCCCUGCUGACUGGCCUCCACACCCACACACUGAACGACCACCCACGACACAGCGAAGCACAACUAUUUGGUGGCAACCUACAACUACCACCACAAGCACAACUACUACUACAAGGCGACCAACAACUACAAGGCGACCAACAACCAUAAGGCGACCAACAACCACAAGGCAACCCGUGACAGUCACCAGUGCCACGGAGGACACGCGGCCCUCUGGCACUGGGCCUUAUCCUGGAGACUCAUGCCGGGGACAGCAGACCUUACCAUCCCCAGGAAAAUGCUCUGCGUACCUGAGCUGUGUCAAUGGAGAGCUAGUUGAGACAUCUUGCGUGCCAGGGCUACACUGGAACAAGGCAGCUGGGACCUGUGACUGGCCACGGAAUGCAAAGUGUAAAUCAGGUCAGCCUCCCAUCACUCCACCCUCUGGUCCUGGCAGCAGACCUCCCUAUCCCCCCAGUGGCCCAUCCUCCAGCCCUGUCAGACCCCCAUCACUACCAGUUCGUCCCACCCAGGCCCCCGUCCCUACCCGCAGCACCACAGAGGAACAGGAGAUGCCCGUCACCACCACUACUCAGCGACCCACCACUCAGUCCACCACUCCAACUUGGUGGUGGACACCUGCCUCAUCCACUCCCCCUACCACUACCAAGUCCUGGUGGGUCUCCUCUUCUAGACCCACCACCACUACUACCAGCCGCCCUGUCAUGCCAGAGCGUCCCUCUCUCCCUGAUGUGGUUGAUGUCCCCAGUGCACCACCAUCAGGACCAUGCAAGGAAGGGGAGACCACAGGUGUGCCGGGUGACUGCACAAAGUUCAAGCAGUGUCUCCAUGGCACUGUCAAUGUCCUCACAUGUCCCUCAGGUCUGCACUGGAGCGAGACACAGAAGAUUUGUAACUGGCCAGAUCAAGCCAAGUGUUCAGGUCCCGUCACCCGCAACCCAGAUGGCAUCCACCACCAGAAUAAGGGCAGGACACCUUGCAGUAAGGAGGGCCAGACCUACCCGGGACCCCAGUGCACGGCCAGAGUGCGCUGCUCCCAGGGGUACUUUACUGUGGAGCUCUGUACUGGUGGGCUGGUGUGGAAUGAGGGAGACAAGACUUGCACUCUCCCAUCAGCUGUCCCCAAAUGCUCUGAUGUUAUCCUCACACCCAAAGACGAAGCCCUGCGGCCAGCACCCGCGCCCCCUGCCAGCUCCCAGCUAGACAUCAAUGUGCCAUGUAGCGAAGGGAUGUACCAGCACAACCCAAGGGACUGCUCAAUGUACAUGCUCUGUGUCCAUGGCAACUGGCAAGAGUUCACCUGUCCUGCUGGCCUCUUAUGGAAUAAAAGGAACAACCGCUGUGACUGGCCAGAGAGUGCCAAAUGCCAGUCAUCAGGGGCCCCACCACCUGCCCAGGGUCUCCCAGCCCCACAGCCCCAGACUGAGCCACCGUACAUCCCCCCGCCCACCACUCGCACCCCAGCACUGCCGCCUGCCUCGAUACAACUGCCGUCAGUGGGCACCACAUCAGAAUUCACAGGAGACUUCAAGGUGGUGUGCUAUUUCACCAACUGGGCUUGGUACCGUAAUGGCAUUGGGAAGUACAUGCCUGAGGAUAUUGACGCAAGCCUCUGCACUCAUAUCGUGUAUGGGUUUGCUGUGCUGGACUAUUCCAAUCUCAUCAUCAAGCCUCAUGACAGCUGGGCCGACAUUGAUAACAACUUCUAUGGCAAAGUUACGGCACUCAAGAACCGCGGCAUCAAGGUCACUGUGGCUAUUGGUGGCUGGAAUGACUCUGCUGGUGACAAGUAUAGUCGUCUGGUCAACAAUCCUGCUGCAAGAGCCAAAUUUAUUAGUCAUGUCAUAGAAUUCAUCAAGAAAUACAACUUUGAUGGUCUUGAUCUGGACUGGGAGUAUCCAAAGUGCUGGCAGGUGGAUUGCAACAAGGGCCCAGCCUCUGACAAGGCAGCAUUUGCUAGCUGGGUGAAGGAGCUUAGCAUUGCAUUCAGGCCUCAUGGGCUGCUUCUCUCCACCGCUGUCUCCCCGAGCAAAAAAGUCAUUGAUGCCGGAUAUGACGUGCCAACCAUCAACCAGUACUUGGACUGGAUUGCCGUCAUGACCUACGACUUCCACGGCCACUGGGAUAAGAAGACUGGCCAUGUCGCCCCAAUGUACCACCACCCACAGGACGACUAUGACUACUUCAACAUGGACUUCGCCAUCAGGUACUGGCUGCAGAAGGGCGCCACCAAGGACAAGCUAGUAAUGGGGAUGCCAUUGUAUGGUCAGUCCUUCACUCUCAACGAUCCCGCAGUGAAUGGCCUCAAUGCACCAGCAAGCACAGGAGGCACAGCUGGACCAUUCACACGGGCUAGAGGCUUCCUGGCGUACUAUGAGAUCUGUCACUUCAUUAAGAACAAUGGGUGGACAGUAGUAAAGGAUCCUGAGAACCGCAUGGGCCCGUAUGCCUACUCUGGGAAUCAGUGGGUCUCAUUUGAUGAUGUGGAGACAAUCAGACUGAAGUCACAGUACAUAAGGGACAUGGGUCUUGCCGGCGGGAUGAUCUGGGCCCUGGACUUGGAUGACUUUAGGAACCGCUGUGGCCAGGGUAGCCACCCACUUCUCAGCACUAUCAAGUCUAUAUUAGGACAACCCAGGGCACCAGGCUAUGUGGAUUCCAAGCCUGCACACCACCCUGAGAUCAACACAAGGGUUCAGGGACCACCAAACUCAAAGAAAUGCUUCAACAGUGCCUUGGGAACAGUCAGGGCUGAAAUAGCAAACCACCCAGCCAUCCAGCCACCACACCUGCUGCCAGAGGUGCCAGGAGUCAGACCGCCCCCAGGAGUGCCAGUUUGUCCCAAGAAGUGCUGGGAUCCUGACCUGGGCGUCAUAGUGAUAGAGAUGACCAAUUACCUGCCGGGCCGCCAGGAACACACGCAGCCCCUGGUGGAGAGAGUGAUACCCAUGGCGGGUGCAUCUAAGCCCCCAGGCAUGGAGGAGUGCAAGUGCUGGGAUCCCAGUAAGGGAGUCACUAGAGAAACUGUUGACCACCCACCCAUCCAGAAACCACACAACCUGCCUGAGGUGGCUGGAGUGCGGCCACCCCCCGGAGUGGAAAGGUGCAAGCCUGGUACUGUGGCUGCCCCAGGCACCGUGUCUCCCCCAGGCUCCGUCUCACCACCAGGAAAGAUCACUGAAAAACCGUGCUGGAAUCCCCUUGAGCGAAUGACUAAUGAAAAUGCCAUUGCCAAUCACCCUGCCAUCCAGACUGACCAUUACCUGCCUGAGGUUCCAGGAGUGCGGCCCAAAAUCUGUCCCCCCGGCACCAGGGAGCACCCCCCUCCCCCAGAUGGGUACAAGGUGGUGUGUUACUUCACCAACUGGGCGUGGUACCGGCAGGGUGAGGGCAAGUACUUGCCUGAGGACAUUGAUGUGGAUCUGUGCACCCACAUUGUGUAUGGCUUUGCAGUGCUCAACAACAACAAUCUCCUCAUUAAGCCUCAUGACACUUGGGCAGACUUCGACAACAAAUUCUAUGAAAAGGUGACAAAGCUGAAGGCAAAGGGAGUGAAGGUUCUCAUUGCUAUUGGUGGCUGGAACGACUCUCUGGGAGGCAAGUACAGCAGACUAGUGAAUAGUCCGGCUGCUCGGAAGAAGUUCAUUGACCAUGUGAUUCAGUUCAUCCAAAAGCACAACUUUGAUGGCUUGGACCUGGACUGGGAGUAUCCUGUGUGCUGGCAGGUGGACUGCAAGAAGGGACCAGCAUCAGACAAGGCUGGCUUCACUGACUGGGUGAGGGAGCUUAAGGCAGCCUUCCAGCCUCAUGGUCUCCUCCUCUCUGCUGCCGUAUCACCAAGCAACAAGGUCGUUGAUGUGGGCUAUGACGUGCCAAUUCUGAGUCAGUACCUGGACUGGAUUGCUGUCAUGACCUACGAUUACCAUGGCCAGUGGGACAAGAAGACCGGCCACGUGUCCCCCAUGUAUGCCCACCCAGAAGAUGACAACCUGGCCUUCAACACUAACUUCACCAUUCACUACUGGAUUGAGAAGGGUGCCCACCGACACAAGCUGGUGAUGGGCAUGCCAAUGUAUGGCCAGUCCUUCACCCUCAGAGACACCACCAGGAAAGGACUCAACCAGCCAUCAUAUGGAGGUGGCGAGGCAGGACGCUACACUAGGGCACGAGGAUUCCUGGCUUACUAUGAGAUUUGCUACAAGAUCAAGAGCAGCCAGUGGACAGUGGUGCGGGAUCCACUGGGCACAAUGGGACCCUACGCUUACAAGGGCAAUCAGUGGGUUGGCUUUGAUGAUGUCGAGACAAUUAGAUACAAGUCUGAAUGGAUUAAGAAGAUGGGUCUUGGCGGUGGCAUGAUUUGGGCGCUGGAUCUGGAUGACUUCAGGAACCGGUGUGGUUGUGAGCCUCACCCUCUGCUGCGCACCAUCAACAGGGCCCUGCGUCCAUACUCAGUGCCAGACCCACAGUGUCCAAGGCUUGAAAAUUCUGGAGACGUCCCUCCACCUGACACCUCAACCUCCAGACCGACACCAGCUCCUAUCACCUGGUGGAAGGCAACCACUACAGGGCCCACCACUCCCUACUGGCAGCCCAGCUCAACAGUGUCCACCAUUCCACCUUGGCAAACCCCUACCACCACCAGACACACUAUCAUCACACAUCCAGCUCCUGAAGUCCAUACCGGUGACAAGUGCCAGGAGGGAACCUACAGGAGAGAUCCAUCUGACUGCAGGAGAUACUUCCGAUGUGUUCAUGGUGUGGAGCAUGCUGAGGCCUGUGCUCAUGGUCUGUACUUUGAUGAUACCAAGAAAAUGUGUGACUGGAAAUCAAAAGUCACAUGUACAGCAGAAUCAGGAAGUGCGCCAACUCCUUCACCCACCACCCGGCACACCACACGGUACACCACACAGCAGCCCACACAGCCAACACAGCCCACUUAUGCACCUGCCAUAAUUGAAACCACAAGGGGACCUCAUAUUGGGCCAUCCUCAGGAACAUCCUCCACUACAGAUACCGGGUACAAGGUUGUGUGCUACUUCACCAACUGGGCAUGGUACAGGCAGGGGCUUGGCAAGUACCGGCCUGAGGACAUAGACCCAGACCUCUGCACUCAUAUAGUGUAUGGAUUUGCAGUGUUGGACGGAACCAAUCUAAUAAUUAAACCUCAUGACACCUGGGCUGAUUUUGACAACAAGUUCUACGCAAAGGUGACAGAACUGAAGCGGCGCGGCGUCAAGGUCACUCUUGCUAUUGGCGGAUGGAAUGACUCGCUGGGAGACAAGUACAGCCGCCUGGUGAACAGUCCGGCUGCAAGAACCAAGUUCAUCAAUCAUGUCAUAGAGUUCCUGCAGAAGCACAACUUUGAUGGCCUGGAUCUGGACUGGGAGUACCCUGUGUGCUGGCAGGUUGACUGCAGCAAAGGUCCGGCCUCAGACAAACAUGGUUUCUCAGCAUGGGUGAAAGAGUUACAUGACGCUUUUAAGCCACACGGCCUCUUACUUUCAGCUGCUGUGUCCCCAAGCUACAAAGUCAUUGAGGCAGGUUAUGAUGUGCCUGUCCUGAACCGCUACUUUGACUGGAUUGCUGUCAUGACCUACGAUUACCACGGCCACUGGGACAAGAAGACUGGCCAUGUGUCCCCCAUGUUUGCCCACCCAGAUGAUGAGGAGCCUCUCUUCAACACUAACUCAACCAUUCACCUUUGGCUGGAGAAAGGAGCAGACCGCAAGAAGCUGGUCAUGGGCAUGCCACUGUAUGGACAAUCCUUCGGCCUGGGAUGGAAGUCCAAUGGGACAGGACUUAACCAGCAUGCACCACAGAAGGGAAGUGCUGGGCAGUUCACCAGGGCAGCUGGUUUCCUUGCAUACUAUGAGAUCUGCCACAAGGUCAAGCAAGGCUACACAGUGGUGAGGGAUCCGGCUGGCCGCAUGGGACCCUACGCUUACUCUGGCAAGCAAUGGGUCAGCUUUGAUGAUGUGAACAUGAUUCGCUUCAAGUCUGAGUGGAUCAAGCAGAUGGGUCUUGGUGGCGGCAUGAUCUGGGCGCUGGACCUGGAUGAUUUCAGGAACCGGUGCGGGUGCGAGCCUCACCCUCUGCUGCGCACCAUCAACAGGGUCCUGCGUUCCUACCCCGUGCCUGACCCAAAAUGUGAACUAUGAUGAGCCAGCAGACAUACAAACAUUCAUACUGACACCUGACAUGCACUGAAAAUUGAAUCAGUGCAAUGUGUCUCCCCAAAAAUCUUAAAAACAAAGAAAGAAGUAUUAUAUUACAGAUACAUGUCUACUGGUGUGAUAAUUUGUGAAGAGUGAAUUAAAUUAAUCUCUCUCACUAAUAAAAUAUAACUGACAUGAGGGACCAAAACAAUUUGCUCAAAGAACUGUUGAAAAUUAAAACUACAAGCUUAGAAAAAUAUGGUUAAGACAGCAUUUAGUUGUGCUCUAUUUGUAGUUUCUUGUCCAUCUGUUCAGGAAUGCAGACCAGUGAUUUAAUCUGGGCCGCCACUCACAUACUAAGCUCUCUCCCCGGCCUGGCUUGUCCCCCACACCCUCUGCCGGGCUUGUUGUUGUUAUUUUUAUUAUUUAUUGUUUUGUUGCUUCUCUAGGUAACAUUGCUGUAUCAGUAGUUGUGUAUUGGGCACAAGUACAGCUCUUGUGGCAUUAUCUGUUAUUUAUCAAUAAAGUAUGUAAAAAAAUACUCAAAA